GUCCUGGUGUGUUCAGGGUACGGUGGGAGCCAUGCCACACGUGAUCCUCUUCACUGACAAGCCGCUCAGUCUAUAUGUAUUAUAGACAGCAAAGGAAUAAAACCUCGUCUGGAACCACGAACCUGGUGGACUAAAGACUCUCUGCAGAAGUCCUUCUUGUCCCAUUUAAUUAUUUUUCAUUCUAAACGGGUCCUCAGGAUGAGCUCACAUGCCUCUCUUCCUCCACAGAGUCCUCCCCUGUCAUCCCAUGGCAUGUGAUCCCGCCCUCCUGACAACUCUGCCAAUGCUCUCUCCUUAGCACUUGGGGAUUCAGAGAUGAACUAGGCAAAGACUUGUCUUGAGUUGUUCACAGAUGAGUGUGGGAGGCACAGGAGUAUGCAUUCUUACCCGAUGGAAUUGCACUACCUCAUGGACAUGGAUGGUGUCCUUUGUGGAGGACAAAGGGACUGAUUUGCAGGGUGUAUCUGGGAAAGUUCCUGGGCCCUGGGGAGUAACUGUGUGCAUCCUAAGGAGUUGGGGGGUGGGAGUUUUCAGGGAGGGCAGCAGGUAACAUUUCAUGUAGAGUCGCUGCAAAAGCAAACACCAGCCAGCCAUUUGAAAGAGCACGUGGGUAGGUGCUGCUGUGAGCUAUGUCAGGAGUGGCUUUGGGCCAGUCAACUGGAGUCAUAGGCAAAGAGCCCUUUGGUUUUUGGAGGCCACAAAGGGGAAGGGACCGUUUGGUGUCCCACAGCUGGUCCUUCAGUGGCAGGCUUGGCGUGGGGAGAAGAGGAGCUCAGGAAAUCUGAUCGCAGCCCAUGGUGCUGGAUCACCAGCCUCUUCAGGAUGGAGACUGCCACAGGUGCUUAGGGUGAUCAGAUGGCCGGAGGGUGAGGCAGCCUUUGCUGAACUGCCCCAUGGGAACACAGAGCCGCAGCCCAUAGUAGAAAGGGAUGGAUCUGGAGGAUGGCCCCUGGCAGUUUCCUUGAGGCCACACCAGGCAGACAAGCUGGGAUCUGAGGAGAGCUUUCCCUCACCAUGAGCCAGGGAUGCUGGGGAUCUUGGCCACUGUCUUCACCCUCAGACACUCAUAUCUUGCUUUCUGUUUCCCUUGUCUGUUUUGGGGUUUGUUUUACCUUUACCUCUAUGCCAUCCUCCUUCCUUCACCAUCUCUUGUCCUUUGAACAGGAACAUUUUGGAAAAGACAAGUCAUCAGAAUUUCAGCUCUUUGGCUCUCCUCACGAGACAGAUCUGCUGUUUACUGAUGCUGCCCAUGGGUUUUUAAUGGUCCCAACCUAAGAUGGAUGCCAAGCUGUACCUGGGAGAUGAGUGUUUUUCUGCGACUCAGGAUCCCAAAAGAGAACACUUUAGGUCUAAGUCUGUGAAUUUACCCAUGGAAGGCUAUUAUGUCAUGGCUGUGGUUAAGAAAUCAGAUGCUGAUGUCACCUGGAACUCUCUUUGAGGCAAGAAGUCCUGCCACACUGCAGUUGGCACUUCUGCAAGCUGGAACAUCCCCAUGGGCUUAAUAUACAAUCAAACCGGGUCCUGUAAAUGUGAUGAUUUCUUCAGUUGCACUUGUGCCCCUGGGUCUAAUCUGGAUUCCCUUCUCUGUGCUCUGUGUGGUGGCAGGUGUAAUCCUGCCCACACAUGGGCUCACAACAGCCAGGAGAGAUACUACGGCUCCAGUGGGACUUUCAGGCAAGUAGUGUCUGUGCACCACCUUUAUCUUUGCACCAACCCAGUACAUUUCUUGUCCUGUCACUUCUUCCAUCAUCCCAGCAUCUGGCUGCUGCAUUUGGAAGGAGCCAGAAUCUAGGAAACAGAACUACUGCAAAUUUUGAAUGGCUCCAAUGACUCAAGUCCAGCUCUUCUCUAGGGCACUCUCCUGCAGACCCAGAUGAUUUAGGGCACCUUAGGGCACCUAGGGAGAAGCAAGAAUGAUGGUGGCAGAGUCACAACUCUAGUUCUACUUUUGCCACUUUCUUCUGUGUGAUUGUGGACAAGUCAAGAAUCCAUCAGAGCCUUGGUUUAAAAUCACAGGAGGGACACCAGACACCUCACUUCUUACACUUGGCUGCCUCGGAGUCUUCCUCUGUGGACUGAGCAGAUAGGACUGGUGGAACGGACCAGCUCAGCAGCCCUGGAAUCA